CGGGGAGGGGACGGGGACGACGAGGAGGAGGAGGAGGAGGAGGAGGAGGGGAGCGGCCGCACCAUGAACUACCAGCAGCAGCUGGCCAACUCGGCAGCCAUCCGGGCCGAGAUCCAGCGCUUCGAGUCGGUGCACCCCAACAUCUACUCCAUUUACGAGCUGCUGGAGCGCCUGGAGGAGCCCGUGCUGCAGAGCCAGAUCCGCGAGCAUGUCAUCGCCAUCGAAGAUGCCUUUGUAAAUAGCCAGGAAUGGACACUAAGCCGAUCUGUACCAGAGCUGAAAGUGGGGAUUGUGGGUAACCUAGCUAGUGGCAAGUCUGCACUUGUACACCGGUAUCUGACUGGCACAUAUGUCCAGGAAGAAUCACCUGAAGGUGGGAGAUUCAAGAAAGAGAUAGUAGUUGAUGGACAAAGCUAUCUGCUGCUGAUUAGAGAUGAAGGGGGCCCUCCAGAGGCACAGUUUGCCAUGUGGGUGGAUGCUGUUAUAUUUGUCUUCAGUUUGGAAGAUGAAGUCAGCUUCCAGACCGUUUACCACUACUACAGCCGUAUGGCUAACUAUCGUAACACUAGUGAAAUUCCAAUGGUACUAGUGGGAACUCAGGAUGCUAUAAGUUCCAGUAACCCACGCGUCAUAGAUGAUGCCAGAGCAAGGAAGUUAUCAAAUGAUCUCAAGAGAUGCACUUACUAUGAAACCUGUGCUACGUACGGGCUCAACGUGGAGAGAGUCUUUCAAGAUGUUGCUCAGAAGAUUGUCGCAACAAGGAAGAAACAGCAACUCUCGAUUGGACCCUGCAAAUCCCUACCGAACUCUCCAAGUCACUCAUCUGUGUGUUCUGCCCAGGUUUCUGCUGUACAUAUCAGCCAGACCAGUAAUGGAGGAGGGAGUUUAAGUGAUUACUCCUCCUCUGUCCCAUCAACUCCAAGUACCAGCCAGAAGGAGCUACGGAUUGAUGUUCCUCCCACUGCCAACACACCAACUCCUGUCCGUAAACAGUCCAAGCGCCGAUCCAACCUCUUCACGUCUCGGAAAGGGAGUGACCCAGACAAAGAGAAGAAGGUCCUGGAGAGCAGAACAGAUAGCAUUGGAAGCGGUCGUGCAAUCCCAAUUAAACAGGGUAUGCUGCUAAAGCGAAGUGGCAAGUCAUUGAAUAAAGAAUGGAAGAAGAAAUACGUGACAUUGUGUGACAAUGGUGUACUGACCUAUCAUCCUAGUUUACAUGACUAUAUGCAGAAUGUUCAUGGGAAAGAAAUCGAUUUGCUGAGAACCACUGUGAAAGUUCCUGGAAAGAGGCCACCCCGAGCUACGUCAGCUUGUGCGCCCAUUUCCAGUCCCAAAACAAAUGGCCUCUCCAAGGACAUGAGCAGUUUACACAUCUCACCAAAUUCAGGGAACGUGACUACUAGCACAUCUGUGUCUCAGAUGGCCAGUGGGAUCAGUCUAGUCUCCUUCAACAGUCGUCCGGAUGGUAUGCAUCAGCGCUCUUACUCGGUCUCCAGUGCAGAUCAGUGGAGUGAGGCAACAGUCAUUGCAAACUCUGGCAUUAGCAGUGAUACCGGGUUAGGAGAUUCUGUGUGUUCAAGCCCAAGUAUAUCUAGUACAACCAGCCCCAAACUCGAUCCGCCUCCUUCACCUCAUGCCAACAGAAAGAAGCAUCGCAGGAAGAAAAGCACCAGCAAUUUCAAAGCUGAUGGUAUCUCAGGCACAGCUGAAGAACAAGAAGAAAACUUUGAGUUUAUCAUUGUCUCUCUCACUGGCCAGACUUGGCACUUUGAAGCUACCACAUACGAAGAAAGAGAUGCAUGGGUACAAGCCAUAGAGAGUCAGAUCUUGGCCAGUUUACAGUCAUGCGAGAGCAGCAAGAACAAGUCCCGUAUGACGAGUCAGAAUGAGGCCAUGGCCCUUCAGUCAAUAAGGAACAUCAGAGGCAAUUCCUACUGCGUGGACUGUGAAGCACAGAACCCUGACUGGGCCAGUUUGAAUCUGGGAGCCCUCAUAUGCAUUGAAUGCUCAGGUAUACACCGAAACCUUGGCACACACCUCUCCCGGGUCCGCUCGCUUGACCUGGAUGACUGGCCUAUAGAGCUCAUCAAGGUGAUGUCUUCUAUUGGGAAUGAGUUGGCAAACAGCGUUUGGGAGGAGAACAGCCAAGGCCAUAUGAAACCUUCAUCAGACUCCACAAGGGAAGAAAAGGAGCGCUGGAUACGUGCAAAAUAUGAGCAGAAGCUCUUCCUCGCCCCACUGCAAUGCCUGGAGCUUUCUCUGGGCCAGCAUCUCCUGAGGGCUACAGCCGAGGAAGAUUUGCGGACGGUCAUCCUGCUCCUUGCCCACGGGACACGGGAGGAGGUGAACGAGACCUGCGGGGACGGGGAUGGGCGCACUGCCCUGCACUUGGCGUGCAGGAAAGGAAACGUGGUGUUGGUGCAGCUCUUGAUUUGGUAUGGCGUUGACGUGAUGGCACGCGAUGCCCACGGGAACACGGCGUUGGCCUAUGCCAGGCAAGCCUCCAGCCAGGAGUGCAUUGAUGUUCUCCUCCAGUACGGCUGCCCCGAUGAGCGCUUUGUCCUCAUGGCGACUCCAAAUUUGUCCAGGAAGAACAAUAACCGAAACAACAGCAGCGGAAGAAUGCCCACCAUCAUCUGAGGAGCUUGUUCGUGUAUUUGCUGACCUGAAUUACAUCCGCAGCCUCAUAUUCCUCCAUUCCCAUCACAGCUCUGCUCUGUGAGUCUGAUAACUUCCCUUUUUUCCCUUUUCCCUUCGGUGCAUCCCUGUCCCAUCCAGAAACGGCACAUCUGGAUAGCGUGAGGGGGUGAGAAGGAGCGAAAGGGGCUGCAGAGAAAGCAGUUGUUUCAGUGACAGCUCUCCGACGAUGACAAGCGGGCAGCAGAAGCGCAUGAGGGCGCGUGGGUUCUCUAGGACACGGCACGUGGCACAGGACCGUGGGGAUGGUUGUCCCUGGGCACAGGCUCUACAAGUGCGGAAGGAAGGGGCGGAGGGAGACGAGAGCGGGAGCGAGAGGAGAAGAAAGGAGCAAUGGUAACUUUCCGUAACUGACAGUUAAGCACAUCAGUACAUUUCACCUCUACCAAACGGAACGGCUGGAUUUCAUUCUCUUCUCUGAAGAGCUUGACGGCAUAAAUCAGAAGCAAGCACAGAGUUUGUCAGGUUUGAAGCUCCUAUGAUGGUAUGUGUCAAAUCAGUUGUAGCUAAUCUGUCCAGGGAGAAUACUGGCUUCAUUACACUUGUAUAGUUGAGUUCUUCCAGCAUUACCGCUGUUUAAUAGAACAUGAUUAGUCAUCACGGAGAAAAAAGCAUAUUAGCUGAGGAGGUAGUUACAUGGCACGCUUCGGUGAUUGCUUGGAUGUGAUUGCAAUAUUCUUAGAAGCAUCAUAUUAUCUCAGACAUGUUCUUUCAAGCCCUUGGAGCCCUCCUUUCUAAAUUCACUGUCAUAAUUUAGUAUCUGUUUAAUUUUUCAGUCCAAAGAGAGGAAAUGAGUUGCUGAGUGUUAUUUGACUGCAGUCUCCUUGGUGUAAAAACAAAAUGGAAAAAAUAAAUAAGAGUAACUAUGAAAUACAAAAAGGAAUAAUGAAUACUGCUAAGGAAAAACAUUUCAAGUACAUUUAGUAAAAUUAAUAAAUGCAUUAAAGGCUAAUAUUUUUUCAGCCAGCAGAAAUAUGUUCUGUCAUUUUGCCAAGGUAAACGUGUUGAGUUUUUGGUCACUCCUGUGAUGCAUUGCCUAACUUAUACAGAUUUUGUAUUGUGUCUUUAGAUUAUAUGUAUGUAAAAUCUAUUUGAAUAAAAAAAUCAUAAAUAUGCAUUGAUUUUUUUGUACAGAAAAUGACAUCUCUGUUAAUUUAUAAACUGUAAUGGAUGUGAACUAAAUCAUGUGCAACUAGUUAGGAUCUGUGGAGUACAGAUCAUUGUACAUUGAAAAUCUUCCCAGCAGUGAACCCUAUUUCCAUUGCAAGCCUUUGAGGAACAUAUCAGAAUGAGAUUGUGGCACGCUUGGCAUGAAAAAAAAAAAUGUAUGAGACCUUUUAGAAAGGAAAAGAGGCUGUUUCUCAGCACUGUAAAUAUAUUUUACUUCAGAAGGCAUGAAGCUUUCACAAGCCAAGACAAAAAGCCAUAGUCUGGAUGUGUGAAGAUCAGAUUUGAUUAAUUUCAGAAUUGAUAGCCUUCACCAAGGCGGGCAGGGCAUGGCUGUGCUAACUCUGAACUUGGCUGCUCUCUGGAAGAAAAAUGGCUUGUGAAAGUAGCCUGGACAGUUCAUUUGAAUUCCACCUUUUAAUAUGUAAUUUGAUUUUUUUUAUGCUUUUUUUUAUUUUAUUAUUUUGCUUAUUGCCAGACAGAUCCUAGCUUCUGCCAUUUUCCACAAACUAGGAUUCUGGCACAGGGAAGCAGGCUGUAAGGUUUUUGGCAGACAGAAAAGUGAUUUUUAAGUGGCAUAUGGCAAUGUGAAGAUGGGGGAAGAGCAUAUCACAGAGAAAGUUGAAAACUCAACUGAAUUAGAUGGCAAAGGAGCAAUUAUGUGAAGUCAGUGAGGUGCACACAGCAUAGUAAUUUGCAAAUCUACCUGCUCCAUCUGUAUUUCCCAAGCCUCCAGUGUUGUUCUUCCUUGGGGCUCUGUAUUUCAUUUGACAUCCAAACGGGAGGGGGAUAGUAGUCACUAAGUAAAAUAUAGGUUGACAAAAUGUGAAGGAAAAAAAAAAAAGUAUUCAGGGUAUCUUAAGGAAAAAAAAACAGAAAAUUACAGAUUUGGUGUAAAAAUCAUAAAAUCUUGGAAGAAGAGCAUGCCCCAAGGUGAAGAAAAACUAGAAUACUGACCAGCUUUUUCCUGUUCUGUGGUGUUGUCAUUUUAUAGCUUGUUACUGUACAGACCUCUGGCUGUAGGGAGAUCUUUCUUUGGCUGCACCAGAAUAAUGCUACAUCCAGUUCUGUUCACGCUGGGAGGUUUUUUUUUUUAUUAUUUUUUUUUUCCCUUGAGGAAAGGUGUCUGUUGUAAUUGCUGUUUCUCCAUCAUUGCCGUGCAGCUCCCUGAUCUUUGGUACUGAUGGGUGGUCCUACGGUGACAGGACAGCCCACCUAAAUGUUCGGCUGAAUGGGAUGCUCGGAGCCCACCGUGUCCCAAUGCUCACAAGCCUUACACCUGCACCAGGGGAUGCGGGGGGAUUCAGGAACUGCUGCUCGUGUGCCCAGAGGUGCCAGCUGCCCGCUGCUCCCCUGGGAACAUCAAGCGCAUAUCUAUCGGAGAAUCAAGUCCGAUGUUUCAAACACAUUGUCGGCAAAUUUGCCACAAAUAAGUUCUCAAUGCAUGUUCCGUUUCAGAGCUGAAAAUGUUUUCUGUACCUAAUGUUCUCUUUGGGCCACCUUCCUCCUACGAGGCUGGGAGCGAUGUUUGAGAGACAAGGGCAGCCAGGCUGCCGUGCAGAUUUCAGGUACACUCCUUUCAUAAAUACUUUCUGAAGGUGAACCUUAAAAAAUAAUUUUUUUUAGGAAAGGGAAUUCCACUGUAUUACAGGAAAAAUGAUGUAUCCUGGCUAGCCAACUAAUAACCUCAUACUUUAAUCAAGUGGUAACACUUGCUUUUAACCUAAACAAAGCUUUCCCUUGGACACAUACACAUCAGCAGUGAUGAUGCUGAAGCCUUGCUUUUGUAGGCUACGUGGUGGCCUCCCCAGACGCCUGGGGGUCUGCAGGGAGGACACCCAAACCCCUGCGAGCCAAAGAACCGUGCGCCUGUGGUGGUGGGAAACACGGAGGCAGGCUUUGAUGGCUCGGGUUUUUUUCUCAACCAUGGAUUUCCCUCUCCACGCAGCUCUGGCCAGCAGGAGAGAGACAAGGUCUCGGGGCUCUGUGUGCUUUUCAGGGGAUGCGUUUGCACUUUGCAAAGGAUGUUCUUGAAGCCGCCCAGGUGUGGCACCAGUAUCGGCGCUUUGAGAACCUGCAGGAGUUGUUCCCGUUGCUCUCACUCUGUUAACCUGUCCGUUUUCUGUUCCUCAUCUCGUGUCUAGCCCCUCUUGUUGCUUUUAUGAAAUCCACUUGCCAGGCUGUUUACGCCCUUUGAGCAUGUUAUGAGCAAAUUAAAAACAAAUUGAAAUCCAGUCAAUAAGAAAUCCCAGCAGAAACAUGCUAGCUAAAUCUGUUGCUGUUUUCUCAGAAAAUGGAGUUUGUGGCAGUGGUUCUCACCGAGUGCCCCAUUUAACCCUUUGCAUGAUCCCAAAUACUUUUGAAUCCCACUUGCUCUGCACUUUAUCCACCAUGACUACAACCCUAGGAGUGAGUGAGCCUUAGCUACUAACAUCAGCACUUUCCUGCUAUUGACACGAGGCUAAUUGCCUAGAGUGGAGAUGAGUCGGAUGUGUUGUACCCGGCACCCUGAACCUCGGUAUUCCAGGACUUCAGGAGGCUUUACUUUUUCCUCGCUAUUUGUGAAGAGAUAAGAUCCAACCUUCAGAAAAUUCAGGGUCUCGCCAGUGCAGAGAUUUGGCCAGGGGCUCUCAUUACCAGAUUUCCAGUUUCGUUGCUGAAAUGGGGCAGAAAAAAAUAGCUAUUUCUGGCAUGACUUGUCAUCUCCUGAGCUAGGCACAGCUCGGAAAGCCAGACGAGCUAUUGAAAACGAGAGAGGGUUUUUAAGCAUUUUUACUUGGGCGUAGUGUAUAAUAACUGUGUAAGCAUUAAUAUUGUUUACCUUGCUGUCUUUCCCCAUUUCCCUAAAUUACGUGUUAGUGCAAGAGGCUUUAGCUGCACUUGGAGAUUUCCCCUGGCAAGAGGAAGCUGAGUAACGUAGGGAAAGGCAUAGAGGUGUGAGUGCAGAUACACUCGUAGCGAUGAUCUCCAGCACUGUAAUGUAGUGUAAUUAGCUGAUGCGAUUUUCGGAUAGCUUCAUCUUUUAUAUUUGUAUGGAGAUCAUGAAAAAUGAAGUAAUUUGUAGUUUCUAGUGUAAAGUAGUAGUAGUGGAGACAAGCACAGAUUUCACACGAGGACUCUGAAAGGGCCCUCUACAAAUGUCUCGGGGAGCCGUGUUUGCACCUUAACAGGGAACAAAUGUGCAUUGUGCCGGGAGGUACUCAAGGCGAAGAAGGAAAGUGUUGGGGACCAAACGUGGGGCAGUUUGUGUGGAUACACGAGAGCUUGCCCAUCGCAAUUCAUCGUCAAGACUCUUUGUUUCCCCUCUGAUGCCUGCUGCAGUUAUUAGCACAUGGGAUCUCUGGCUGUUAGUCUCGGAUCCUCACUUCAACAUCGCCUUCCAUUUUGGUUGAUUUUGGGGUAAAACAUAUUGCGGAGAAAAGUUUGGGCUAUUCUUGUGUCUGCUGCAUAGCAAAAGAAAGCUCACUCCAGAUUAAAAUUCUUUUUGAGCAAAGUAAAAACCAAAAUCAAACAAACAAAACAAAAAAAACACAAAAGGUCCUGCAAUGAAUUUUGACUUCUUAAAUUCUAAGUUACAAAAAGAAGGUUGGUUUAAAUGGUUUUAUUCAAAGGAUAUCUCCUGUUUUAAAAAAAAUAUAGAGGUAAUAGAGCAAAUUAUCCAAAGGUAUAGGUAGGUAGGUCUGUUGUACUGCGAUAUUCUAGGUUUUGUUUUGUUGUUUAUCGUGGGCCAGUUUUUAAAGUGGAUAUUUGGUGAUCUCAUCUCUGACAGCUAUCUUGAGUUGACUGAAUCCGUCUCACAUUUUAAAUAGAGGGUGGGGGGGGUUGGCCAAGAUUUUCCAGAGCUGUGAAUAGUUCUUGUUUUGGGAAAAGGAUUGCAUGAUUUCUGAAAAUAAGAUGGCUUUUGUUUGUUGUUUUUUUAAGAGCCACAAGUCACUAGUCAUACCUUUGGUAAUCUUGGCCCCUGUGUUUCGUUUCAGGCGACAGCAAUAUGCGGGUGAGUUAACUCCCGUAGUUUACUCUUGUUCCCUGAGUGUCUGGGGGACUUUUGUUUCUGGGCAGAUGAAAGACGAAUGUCUUUGUACAUUUCAGCAGUUUUAGCCUCUUCUUACAUGUCCGCAUCUCUCUCAAAUCUCUGUACCAUAUUCACGUGGUAGUGGUCAGCUCUGCUGACAUGCAAAGCUUCAGCUUUCUCUUGGCCAUGAACUGCUGGAUGUGUGUUUGCUUCCAGUACUAAGAGUUGACUAUUUUGCAGUGCUUCAGAGCUCGUAAUUUUUGUGUUAUGUACAAAGCGUGGAGGGGGGUGGGGGGCUUGUAGAGGUCUAAUGGCAUGCGUUUGGGAUGACCGUGUUGCUUGCUGGCAGUGAAUGCACCAUCAGCUAUUUUGUGCACGCCACGUUUUACGGAGCCAAUCAGUGUUUUGUGUCUGAGAACUUCCCAUUCUUCCGUCUUUCUCACCUCCCUCUGCCUGUGGUUAGGAUAACCAAAUACCAUGAGUGCAACCGCAUGGGGACCUUGGAGCAGUCCCAGCUCCUCUUGGGUAGCUGAAAACACUUUCCUGGUCCUCCCGAAUUGCAAGGUGGAGGGAAUAAAACCCCAACAGCAGACAUGGUAGCACCCAAUCUUUGGUAGGAGUGAGGGAGGGUUUUGGUUCCCCCGUCUGGAAGUGAAGAGGUUGGGUUGAAUCAGUGAUGAAGUGCAGCGAGGGUGGCUUGAGUCCAACGGUAACGCAGUGUCAUAUGGGUGUACCAGCAGGAGUACCUAAAAUUUAGUGCUCUGCAUUUGGCAUGUGUUUGUAUCUAUAUGCAUAUAUGCUCUACAUACUGCUCUUAGCAAUUUGUAAGUGUCCGUGCACACAUUUACAUGUGACUCAAAACCUGUAGCUAGAGCCCAGUGUUCAGGUAGAUGUUUAGAAAUGGGCAAGUUUCCCAAUUUAACUCAGCCAGCCAUUUUCUGGAGCACAGGAGGUACACACAGGGCGGGGGUGCCGGCUCAGAGGGCAGGGAGAGGCAGGAAUAGGAGGUAAGGGCUCGCUGUGGCUCUUGAAAGCCAUCAAAUGCUCAGGACUCAAGAGAUAACCCGGCUCAGAGCAAAACCAUAGCUCGUUCAGAUGGCAACACCCAACUUGUGAAGCCCUUUAACUUGCCUACCGGGACUAAAAUAGCCACCUUGCUUCGGGGUGGGAGCUGGUGCUGGAAGGAGAUGCAGAAGUGAAAAGGACAGAAGACGUGCUGCUCGGAGGCCCUUUCUUUUCCGUACAUUUGCUCCAGCCUCAGCUUACCUGCUGAAUUUAAGUGCAGGCCCGGCGGGCUGCCCUCCUGUAGCUUCUUCAAUGGUGUUUUUUGGGUCAUGCGUGGCCAAAUGGGGUCGCUGGAGAAGAGGACAUGCAGUGAGACGUUUCUGAGGAGCACCAAGUGGUCCUUCCCCAGGUGUUUGGGGCCCCAAAAUGUUGCUUUGAGGGAGCCAUGAGCAUCAGCUAAUGCGUGCUAAAGCUUUGUGCGUAGCGAGGGGUCCAGGAAAGCCUGGCCAGCUGUUGCACGUGCCCUUGCUACUCCUGCUCUUGGUUUAGGGUCAUACUGGGGGACAUUGAUAGGGAUAAGGCAGGGUCGGCACGCAGAGGACUGUUUGCUGGAGCUAGGCAAGGUAUUUAUGGUGGAAAACACAGCUGGGUGUGCCAGGGAGGUGCGGGUGCUGUUGAAAACUCCUCUGAGCAUUUUUUUCUUAUGUAUCCACAGAGUUUCAUGUGGAUUCAAGACCUAUUGAAUCCACUGGCAUCAUUUUGCCAGUCCACAGGGAGAAUAAGAUGUUGGUCCUCUAAAAGCACAGCCCUUUUCUCUGGGGAAAUACAAACUUUCCAGGGGUCCACAAUGGACCCCGUGCAUUUGGUCCAGUUCUCAUGUACUAGUGUAACCUCGUGAGCAUUUUUCACUUGUGCACAGCUCGUACAGAUGGGUGCACACACUGCAGGGCUUUGGGGAGGAGUGUCUUUUAAAACUCGAGGGCUCGUUUUGUGUGUUUCCUUUGCGUUCUCUCACCUUGAUGUCUCUGGCUCAGGAUCACCACAGGCCUAAUUCUGCAGCUACGUGAAACCUCUCGACUUCACCGGGAUUUGAACAUAUCCCCAAAUGCUUUGCCAAACCCGAGGCAAAGCUGUUUGGGAGAGGCAGAAUCGGGCCCGGACGCAUAAAGUGCUGUAUCCCAACCUAGCUGAAGUUGGAGUUUGGUUUCAGUGGGGCCGUGGUUUGGUGUGCAGUCCUAGCCAGCACCUUUGUUUCGGGAACCAGCAUCAUCACCGCUUGGAAAUGGAUGUGUGCUCUGUUUCUUUGUGUUCCUUCUCACCCUGUGACCGACCACAUGGCUAGAUGUCACGUUCACGCAUGUUUAGCCCCCAGGUCUUUCCAUUUUUCUGCUUUGUGAUGUUUGUGUUCCUGGUUAGGAUGGGGAGAAAGGGAGCCCAGGUGAGUAGGGACACCUGAGAACUGUGUUUGGGGUAGAGGGAGAAGAUACCUAGCACAUGGCAGACUUUAUAGCAAGGUUUGUUGGGUUUUUUUUGUUUGUUUUGUUUGUUUGUUUUUUCUGUUUCUGUAAAUAGUAAUGUAUAAAUGAUGACAAGACAGUGUGGAAAUUAUUAAAAAAUACGUCUUUUGUUGUUGUUUUUAUAUUACCUCAUUCAGCAAGUUUGUUUUACAAUGACUCGAUGCUUUAUUUAUAUUGUUUGUACUGUAAUUAAAACAAUUGACAAACAUUUCACUUUGCUUGUUGUUUCAUAUGAUUUUGUUUUGAUUAAGUAUGCCAGUCUGUAUUAUGUUUCCCUUUACUCUCUCUUCGCGUUGAGAUUUUUGUGUCAGCUGUACAGUAUUCUGAAUAAAAAUAAAUAAAUAAAAAAGGAAAAAAAGUUGUAAAGUACUGCAGAGGGAGACUGCUAUAUUGUAUAGGUCUCUUUCUAAUAAAGACAAGAAAACUUGUUCGUCACAGCUUUGUUCUUUGCUUGAGUCUUCGUCGCGGUGUUAUUGAGAGAUACCUGCCCUGGCCCUACUUCCUCGCAGUAUUAAUGAUGAGAUCCUGUCACUCUUUGCCAGUAAUAAAGAUGAAGUAUUACCUGAGAC